GCGGCCGGGGCCCGGCAGCUCCCCGAACCCGCUGCCCCCCGUGCUGCCUGCCCGCCCAGCCCGCCGGCCGGGGCCUGCCGCCACCCGUGGAUGAGCCACAGGACCUCCUCCACCUUCAGAGCGGAGCGGAGCUUCCAUUCCUCCUCCUCCUCCUCCUCCUCCUCCUCGGCCUCCCACAGCCUCCCGGCUCAGGACCCACCCAUGGAGAAGGCCUUGAGCAUGUUCUCCGAGGAUUUUGGCAGCUUCAUGCGGCCCCACUCGGAGCCCCUGGCCUUUCCAGCGCUCCCCACGGCCCGCGCCGGGGGACCGGGCAACAUCAAGACCCUGGGAGACGCCUACGAGUUUGCUGUGGACGUGAGUGACUUCUCACCUGAAGACAUCAUCGUCACCACCUCCAACAACCACAUCGAGGUGCGGGCUGAGAAGCUGGCAGCCGACGGCACCGUCAUGAACACCUUCGCUCACAAGUGCCAGCUGCCGGAGGACGUGGACCCCACGUCGGUGACCUCGGCCCUGCGGGAGGACGGCAGCCUCACCAUCCGGGCCAGGCGCCAGCCCCCCACGGAGCACGUGCAGCAGACCUUCCGGACAGAGAUCAAGAUCUGAGGGCAGCCCCGCCCCACCCCCCACUGCCCCGUGUCACGUUCUCCCCCUCCGGCCAGCCAGAGUGGCUCUCCUGAUCCCCUCGUGUCAGCUCUGGGGACGUCUCAGCCCAGGUUCCCGGGCUGAGACCCCACCCCACCCCAGACCCCAGGUGGGUCAUCCCCACCCCCAAAUGAGGGCUUCUGCUCUACCCAGGGCAGGCUGGGGACACCCCUGCCUCACUCGUGGCCCCCAGAUUGCAGAUACGGCCUUAAUCCAGAACAAAGGGUUUGGGAUGGGAACAGGAGAUCCCAGAGAACCCGGUUUGGAGAAGGGGGUUGGGACAGGCAAUCUGGGCAAAUAAUCUGCAGGACAGACAGACAUAUUCUUUCAUCUUUGGAGUCGCUGCAGGGUAGGGGAACUGGGUAUCCGGGACCCCCUUGGCCAAGGGGAGCAGGAGGGCGGAGGGAGGUCGCUGACAGAGGCGCCCAUGAAACCCAACUGCCAGGCACGGAGAGGCAGGAGACAGCCCUGAGGGUCGGUUUCCCCGCGGCCGUUCUCCAAGCCCGGAGCCCGCUGCUAGGCUGCCCGCUCACGAGGUGCCCCAUCCAGCCUGCUGCCCCCGGGCAGGGCCAUGUUGUGUCUGUAUAUAGAUGGGGUUUUUCCAAUACAGCUGGUUCGUGACAAACUGUGUGAA